AUGGUGCAAGAUAUAAAAGAGACUGUCGAGGUAAUUGAUAUCCCAAUCAGUGAAAAGAAGAAACCAGACGAUCACUCCAGCACCGAUGUUGCUUCAGUGAGUACCGAUGAAAGUGAGAAGGUUCCAUUAGACUAUGUUCAUGAUCUCGAAUGGACACCUGAAGAAGAGAGAGCUGUGCUUAACAAGAUUGAUCUUCGCCUCAUGUCGUUUGCUCUUCUCAUGUCAUUUGUGCUACACAUGGAUAGAACUAAUAUUGCAAAUGCCAUUUCGGAUGGUCUUCCUGCUGAUUUGGGAUUUGGUAUCACAGGUAUCAAUACCAGCACACUUGUGCAUUCCAUUAUUUUUACAGCUGGUACUGUUUGUAACAAUGUAAUUGUCAAGCGAUUUGGUGCUCACUUCACGAUUCCUAUAAUGAUGAAUGCUUGGGCUAACUUUAGUGGCUAUAUUGUUCUUCGUAUUGUCCUUGCAUUAACAGAAGCAGGCUUUAUUCCUGCCUGUGUUUCUUAUCUUACUGGCUGGUACAAAACAAAUGAGUUGGCUACACGUCUAUCUUGGUUCUGGGGUAUCCAAUCUUUUGCUUCUGCAUUCUCCGGUCUGAUAUCCUUUGGCGUAUUUCGUAUGUCCGGUAUUGGUGGUCUUCAAGGCUGGAAAUGGCUUUUCCUCAUAGAUGGUGUAUUCACUCAUAUCGUUGGUGCUAUUGCCAUUUUUUAUAUUCCUGCCAACCCUUCCUCUACUGCAGGAGGCCUUCGUGGUAAGCUUGGAUGGUUUACAGAACGUGAAAAACAAAUAGCCGUUACACGUAUCAUUCGUGAUGAUUUAUCUAAAAAAGAUCAAUAUGAGCGACUUACUUGGCACGACGUUAAAAUCACUGUUAAGGACACAAAGCUUUGGACCCAUUUAAUUAUUACUUUUAUUGGUAUUAUGCCAACAACUCCUAUGGCUACGUAUUUCCCUACUCUGAUCAGAGGCUAUGGUUUUCCUGUUACCACCAGUAACUUGUUAACAGUGCCUUCUUGCUUUAUUGGACUUUUCUUUUCGAUUUUAAUUGCUAAAAGUGCUGAUCGCUAUGGGAAUUAUUCGCUUCAUGCUCUUAUCGGUUGUAUAUGGUCUAUGGCUGGAUUUCUCGCAUUGCAAUUUAUUCCCGAUAGCGCUGGCCGUUGGACUUUUUAUGCAGUUACAUUAUUAGUAUCUUCUUCUCCCGUAUGGCAUGGUAUGCAAAUUGCUUGGAUGUCAUCUAAUCUAGCACCUGUUGGUAAGCGUACGAUCGCUUUUGGAGCAGUGGUUGGAGCAGCGAAUAUUUGUGGUGUACCUGGCUCUCAAAUUUAUUUGCAAAGUGACUCACCGAGGUUCCAUAAGGGCAACUGGAUUAAUAUUGGUUUGCUCGCCGGCGCUUCUUUACUUUUCUUGUCGCUAAGAGCUCGAUAUGCAUUGACCAAUAAGGCAAGAAUGAGAAAAUGGAACAAUUUCUCAGACGAGCAAAAGAAGGAAUACUCUAAUACAACCAAAGAUGAAGGUAGCGAUCGUUUAGAUUUCAAGUUUCGAUUAUAA